AUGUCUGGACAAGUGUCACUGCAUUUUAUGGAAGGUUCCACUUCAAAAGUGAAGUCAGUCUAUACGGACUCAGCCAUUAAUCGCUUAUUCCAUGCAAAUAAACUGGUGACAUAUUGGCUGGCUGCAUCUGAACCGCGAGCAGUGAUUAGACAACUGGUCAAAGAUGAGGGCGACGACGUCUGCGUAUACCAGAUGGACAAGUUCCUCACCAACAAAAAUUUGAACCGCGAGGUUUUGAGGACCUUCCAGCGGUCGCCUCAUUAUUUCAUCGAUGGCGAGGCCGAACAAGAACAGAGAGAGUGGGCUUCCUUGUCGGACACCACUUUUGUAGGGAAGCUUUUGCAGAGCUCAGAUAGACCCUGA